AUGGGGCACGUGCAGAAGUGCUCCCUGGUCCCUCUCUGCGAGGUGACCGUGUCCUCGCAGAGCAGUGACCUGCAGGCGUCUGUUUUACCUGCUCCGUCUCCUGCUUUAGGCCACAGGUCUCCUCCGGCGAGAAGCGGCCAUCGCUGCGUGGCAGAUAACGCCAACCUCUACGUGUUCGGAGGCUACAACCCCGACUAUGACGAGUCCGGAGGCCCGGAGAACGAAGACUACCCGCUCUUCAGGGAGCUCUGGCGAUACAACUUUGCCACGGACACUUGGCAUCAGAUGGGCACGGAAGGCUACAUGCCCAGGGAACUAGCAUCCAUGUCACUUGUUCUGCACGGCAACAACCUGCUCGUGUUUGGGGGCACGGGGAUCCCCUUUGGGGAGAGCAACGGCAACGACGUCCACGUCUGCAAUGUCAAGUACAAGAGAUGGGCUCUGCUCAGCUGCCGGGGAAGGAAGCCCAACCGCAUCUACGGGCAGGCUAUGGCCAUCAUCAAUGGCUCGCUCUAUGUGUUUGGAGGAACAACUGGCUACAUCUACAGCACCGACCUGCAUAAACUAGACCUCAACACUCGCGAGUGGUUCCAGCUGAAACCAAACAACAUGUCCUGUGACAUGCCAGAGGAGAGGUACAGACAUGAAAUUGCACAUGAUGGUCAACGGAUUUAUAUCUUGGGAGGUGGAACUUCUUGGACAGCUUAUUCACUAGAUAAGAUCCAUGCGUACAACCUUGAAACCAACACCUGGGAAGAAAUUGCCACGAAGCCACACGAAAAAAUCGGCUUCCCAGCAGCCAGAAGAUGCCAUAGCUGUGUUCAGAUAAAAAAUGACGUGUUCGUUUGCGGGGGCUAUAACGGAGAAGUGAUUCUGGGAGAUGUUUGGAAGCUGAAUCUGCAAACGUUCCAGUGGGUCAAGCUCCCAGCUGCUAUGCCCGAACCAGUGUAUUUCCACUGUGCUGCUGUCACACCGGCCGGCUGUAUGUACGUUCACGGAGGGGUGGUCAACAUCCAUGAAAACAAACGGACUGGCUCCCUGUUUAAAAUGUGGCUGGUGGUGCCCAGCCUGCUGGAACUGUCGUGGGAGAAGCUCCUGGGGUAUUUCCCUCAUCUAGCAACUCUCUCCAGAUCUCAGCUCUUGCACCUUGGACUCACACAGGGACUUGUGGAGCGACUAAAAUGAGAACAUCUCCCACCUCUGUCCAAGAAGCACUACGUUCAAGAGCCCUUUCCGCCCCCGUCCCCUAUUUAUGGAUACCAAGGAUGGUCUUGCUAGGAAGAUGGAGGAACCUGCUCAACGCCUUAUUCAGCAAAUACAUUGAUGCCUUUCUAGAAGUUUUUAUUUUCAGUUGUUGGAAACCUGCUUUUUAUUUAUGGAUAUCUAAAUUACAGCGUUAAUGACAA